UCGACGCGUUCUGUCAGCUGUUGUUGUUGUUAGAGAAACUAAAAAAUUAAAUGUUUUUAAUUUGUAUGUCUUAAUAAACUGUGGUCAUAAUAAUAAGCGAUAGGUAGUGAAUUUGUAUAAAAUGUAAUUUUUCUACGUACAGUUCCGCAAUGUCUAGGGUUUUUCCAAUAUUAUACUCUACUGCAUGUAGUUGUCUGUAUAUCUUGAUUUUCUUACAAGGAACCGACAGUAAAUGCAAUAUUAACGUAAAAUUGAAACAAAUAUUACAAAAUGAGGGAUUCCACAGGAAUAUGACGUAUGAAAUUACAUUUGGAACUAAUGAUGGUAAGGAGAUGUCGUAUGAACGUUGCUCACUCGGUUUAGAGCAAGUGCUUCCAGCUGGGGUGUAUGCCAGUCCUGAUGAAAUAGAAGAUGCCAGACAUAAGACUAUAACAGUGUUCAAGAACAAAGUGAACAUAGAAGCACCAGCGCAUGAGUCUGACCCCAUCACAGUACAUCUGUUGGGCUCUGUGAAAGAUGAUUCAGCGUUCCUGUAUCUGCCCGUGCAUGCUCGCUACCACAGAGCAGUGGAAGGUGGUGGCGCUGUGAGGGUACACAUUCCGCCACCUCGGAUGUAUGUGAACUGUGGCUCCAAUGAGUUGGAGCAAUGCAGGACAGCCUCUAGCAAUAAUAAUACUUUCUGUCCACAAAGUGAUAAGCAAUGCCUUUGGAAGGAGGUCCCGGUAAAGGUUUCCAGGCCGUUGUACUGGAACAUUCCAGUUGGAAACACAGACCACUACAAUAUUGUGAUGUUUGGAACUGCAGCAGUUGUUGUGUUGGGAUCCAUUUAUCUUUUAAGAGAAAUACAUUGUUAUAAGCUACAGCAAAAGGAAAAGAAAAGAUAAAUAUGCAUUUAAAGUAAUAGUCAAGUUCAGAACUUAAUUAGUU